AUGAGGGCCAUUUUGUCCUCUCUCUCUUUGGUCGGAUUCUUUAGUGUGUUUGUUUUGUACGUGCAAAGAGUAUACUUUUCGCAAAGUAUUCUGGUCAUCCCUUCCGCAAAAAAUUGGUCCCAGCUACAGCAGGGAUAUCUGCAGGGCGCAUUUUAUUUUGGAUAUCUGCUUGUCCAGAUAUUAGCGGGCAUCCUGUGCAAAGCCAUUGGUGGACGUCGGCUUUCCGCGCUUUCAAUGUUUUUUUCCGCAAUCACAUUUGCAAUGAUCCCAGCUGCCGCAGAAAACUAUCCCUUUGCUAUUUUGAUCCUGCUGCGAACAAUCAUGGGCGCAUCGCAGGGUGUUCUUUACCCUGCCAUCAUGGCAGUUUUGGGGAUAGAAAUCCCCAAAAACUCCAAAUCGACCGUUGUCAAUUUUGUGUUUUCUGGAGGACAGGCGGGCAGCAUUUUUGUUUUGCUCGUAUCGCCGUUUCUGUUCAAACUGCUGACCGUUUUCAUCACCUCAAACAACAUUAAGUCUCUUGUUGCAUGGCAGCUGCAGUUUAUAGUUCUCGGUGUUCUCGGCAUCAUUGUCACCAUUGCAUGGGUACUUUAUAUGCUGACUGCUGCUGCGUUUUCUCCAAAAGGCUCUGGCGGCACUGGGGAUCAGCAAUACCAUUGCGAGCCUGAGAUGUCAUGGGUAUUUAUCUUUUCGCAAAAGGCAUUCUGGGCGUAUGUGGGUGCAUGUGUUGCCUACAACUGGUUCAUGAUGAUUGUGAUCUCUUUCCUUCCAAAGCUCCUGCGCUUCUUGCUGCAUUUUGGCACGGACCAGCAGCAGCUUUUGUCGGCCAUCCCAUAUUCCUGCUUUUGGGUGCUUACCGUUUUUACGGGCAUCCUUACCGAUUAUCUUGUGUCCAAAAAGUAUCUUUUGCACGACAUUAGGAGGGGAAUGGGCAUAUUUGGGUAUCUGCUUUGCGCCAUUUUGCUGUUUACUUUGGGCAUCUUUUUUGGGCCCCCCACACACGCUUACGGAAAUGUUGUGAAUUUUGCACUAAUUUCAGCAGUCGUGUCCGUUUCAGGCGUGUGUAAAAGCUCCUUUGGCCCAAACGGCCUGGACCUGUGCAGGUCUCCAGUAAACAUUGGCAAAAUAACGGGAGCGGCGUUCUUUUCUGUUUCGGUGGUCGGGAUAAUCUCGCCAAUGGUUGCCUCUGCCCUUUUCCAAGCCGGGGGAUGUACAGAUACACUUGCCGAACCCGCAUCGUGCUACAUGGCAUGGAGGAUAAUUUUUCUCAUUUCCGCCAUAAUGAAUCUAAGUGCUGCAGUACUUUGGGGAGCAUGGCUUUCAACUUCUCCCAUCCCAAUUUCAGCGUAG